UCACCGGGCCAAAGCGUCCAAAGGCAGCAAGAUGAAGUUCACAGUGGUAGUCCUCUCGGCUCUGUUAGUCUCAGCCCUGGCUAAUCCUAUAACAUUCAAAGACUGUGGCUCUACCGGUGCCACGGUUCACUCAGUAGAUGUUGGAGGAUGUACGACAGAACCAUGUCAUCUAGUCCACGGGAAAAACGCUACCAUGAUAGUCAACUACACCGCAAGUGAGGACGUGACGCACCCAACAAACGACAUAUCUGGUAUUAUUGCCGGUAUUCCCAUCAAGUUUCCUACCAAUCCGGAUUGUUGUGCCAGUAAAAAUCUUGUCUGUCCCGUAAAGUCGGGAACCUCGUCACAAUAUACUAUCGCCAUCUAUGUCAAUCCUACCUACCCAAAGAUCUCGGUUCUCGUUAAGUUGGCCGUUCUCGAUGACAACAAGAAAGAUUUCCUGUGUCUAGUGUUCCCUGCUAUCAUCACCGACAGUUGAAGGGAGACAACUCCAGUCAAAUUCACUGAUGCAUAUUGCUGAAUCUGUUGCUUUACAAAACAAAUAAAUAUCAAAAAGAUAUGUCAUCGAUGUUUUUGCUGAAUAUAGUCAUAAAGAAAUCUCCUUCAGCCUAUCGAAUAUUUACAAUCACAAUGAGUCUCCAGCAUUAUCAUUAGCAAAAGAGGUAUACCAAUUUGGGCCUUCUGAUGGAUAUCACCGAUAAAAUGUUGUUUUUUCAUA